AUGCUCGACUGGACUAGUUGGAUAUUGGGGAUGUUCUAUUUGUAUGGCCACAUGAUUGGUGUUAGCAACUUCGAGUUUGACUGGCGGACAGGUCGGGUUUUUAAGGCGAAAAGGAGUACCCUAUACGCGAUCGCGAUCAACUUUGUCAUUAUCAUUUCCUGUACUUACCACUGGACUAGGCACACAAAUAUGAUGGUGGUGAUCUUCGGAAAAGCAAACAAGUUGCACGAGUACGUCAUCGUCAUUAUGACCGGUCUGAGGAUCGCUGCAGGUCUUGUCACUCUGGUGACUAGAUGGCAAUGGCGCUGCGAGAUGAUGGACUUGACAAGGAAGGUGAUUCGCGUCUUUAAUGCUAGGCCGCAAGUGAAGAGAUUGUCUCGUUGGAAUAUUCUUUCCAAGUUCCUUACCGGAGCUCUGACCGACCUCCUUCAAGUACUGAUCACCUUGGAUGCAAUGGGCCGUGUGGACUCGGAGUUCUAUUUGGGAAUGGCCCUGCAGUAUUGGAUGUUGGCCAUUCUAAAUUUGUCCAUAUCGCAGCAUUACCUGAUUAUGCUUUUCGUGCGGACCCAAUAUCAGCUACUCAACGCCGAUCUGAGACAGGUGAUCGAAGAAACUAAGGAGUUGAGUAGGAAUCCUCAGGGGCAGGGAGCUUUUAUUACCAGGUGUUGUUCCCUGGCGGAUCAGCUUGAGGAUAUAGCCAAACUUCAGAACCAGCUGCAGUCUAUUGUCAACCAGUUGGAAGAUAUAUUCGGCCCCACUGCCUACAUGACCUACAGUAUCCUCAUACACGGCUACAAGGACAUGCAGAUGACACUGUAUACUGUGAUUCUGAACGUAUUCUGGUGCUUCUUUUACUAUCUGAAUGGAAUGCUAAAUCUGUUUACCAUGCUAUAUGUCCUUGAUGAUCACGGUGAAAUGAUAAGGCUACUAGAGGAACGAACCAUAUUCGCUCCAGGCUUGGAUGUUCGCCUCGAGGAAUCCUUCGAACGUCUCCAGCUGCAGCUGAUUAGGAACCCUUUAAAAAUAAGUGCAAUGCAAUUGUAUGGCGUCACUCGCAGCUCUACCAUGGCAAUGUUUGGAAAUUUGAUAACGCAUUCAGUUGUACUUAUUCAAUAUGACAUGGAAAACUCUCUUCACAGCGCAACAUUAAAUUAUUCAUAA